GCUGCCCUGUCCAGCGCUGACCCUCGGGUCCGCCCGGGAAGAGACUUCGGCAGACAUGGGUGACAUGACCAACAGCGACUUCUACUCCAAAAACCAAAGAAAUGAGUCGAGCCAUGGGGGCGAGUUCGGGUGCACGAUGGAGGAACUCCGCUCCCUCAUGGAGCUACGAGGCACAGAAGCCGUAGUCAAGGUCAAGGAGACGUAUGGGGACACGGAAGCCCUGUGUCGCCGCCUCAAGACCUCGCCUGUGGAAGGUUUGCCAGGCACUGCUCCAGACCUGGAGAAACGGAAGCAGAUUUUUGGGCAAAACUUUAUACCUCCAAAGAAGCCAAAAACCUUCCUGCAGCUCGUGUGGGAGGCACUGCAGGAUGUGACGCUCAUCAUCCUGGAGAUCGCCGCCAUCAUCUCCCUGGGGCUGUCCUUCUACCACCCACCUGGCGAGAGCAAUGAAGGAUGUGCCACGGCCCAGGGAGGGGCAGAAGAUGAGGGCGAGGCCGAGGCAGGCUGGAUCGAGGGGGCUGCCAUCCUGCUGUCGGUCAUCUGCGUGGUGCUGGUCACGGCCUUCAAUGACUGGAGCAAGGAGAAGCAAUUCCGGGGCCUACAGAGCCGCAUCGAGCAGGAGCAGAAAUUCACAGUGGUCCGGGCUGGUCAGGUGGUCCAGAUCCCAGUGGCCGAGAUUGUGGUCGGGGACAUCGCACAGAUCAAGUAUGGCGACCUCCUCCCUGCUGAUGGCCUCUUCAUCCAGGGCAACGACCUCAAGAUUGAUGAAAGCUCACUGACCGGGGAGUCCGACCAGGUGCGCAAGUCCGUGGACAAGGACCCCAUGCUGCUGUCAGGGACCCACGUGAUGGAGGGCUCAGGACGGAUGGUAGUGACCGCUGUGGGGGUUAACUCUCAGACCGGCAUCAUCUUUACACUCCUCGGGGCUGGCGGUGAGGAAGAAGAGAAGAAAGACAAGAAAGGUGUGAAGAAGGCGGAUGGCCUUCAGCUUCCAGCGGCCGACGGUGGGGCAGCAGCCAAUGCUGCCGGUAGCGCAGAUGCUGGCCUGGUCAAUGGUAAAAUGCAGGAUGGCAAUGUGGACGCCAGCCAGAGCAAAGCCAAACAGCAGGAUGGUGCAGCCGCCAUGGAGAUGCAGCCCCUGAAGAGUGCAGAGGGUGGGGACGCCGAGGACAAGAAGAAGGGCAACAUGCACAAGAAGGAGAAGUCAGUGCUGCAGGGCAAGCUCACCAAGCUGGCCGUGCAGAUCGGCAAGGCGGGCCUGGUGAUGUCAGCCAUUACGGUAAUCAUCCUGGUGCUGUACUUCACCGUGGACACCUUUGUGGUCAACAAGAAGCCGUGGCUGCCCGAGUGCACACCCGUCUACGUGCAGUACUUCGUCAAGUUCUUCAUCAUCGGCGUCACGGUGCUGGUGGUGGCUGUGCCUGAGGGUCUCCCGCUGGCCGUCACCAUCUCACUGGCCUACUCGGUCAAGAAAAUGAUGAAGGACAACAACCUGGUGCGCCACCUGGACGCCUGUGAGACCAUGGGCAACGCCACAGCCAUCUGCUCAGACAAGACGGGCACGCUGACCACCAACCGCAUGACGGUGGUACAGGCCUAUGUCGGUGACGUCCACUACAAGGAGAUUCCCGACCCCAGCUCCAUCAAUGCCAAGACCAUGGAGCUGCUGGUCAACGCCAUCUCCAUCAACAGCGCGUACACCACCAAGAUCCUGCCCCCUGAGAAGGAAGGCGCCCUGCCCAGGCAGGUGGGCAAUAAGACGGAGUGUGGCCUGCUAGGCUUCGUGCUGGAUCUACGGCAAGACUAUGAGCCGGUGCGCAGCCAGAUGCCCGAGGAGAAGUUAUACAAAGUGUACACCUUCAACUCGGUGCGCAAGUCCAUGAGCACGGUCAUCAAGCUGCCGGAUGAGAGCUUCCGCAUGUACAGCAAGGGUGCCUCGGAGAUCGUGCUGAAAAAGUGCUGCAAAAUCCUCAACGGGGCGGGCGAGCCCCGGGUCUUCCGGCCCCGCGACCGGGACGAGAUGGUCAAGAAGGUGAUUGAGCCCAUGGCGUGUGACGGGCUGCGCACCAUCUGCGUGGCCUACAGGGACUUCCCCAGCAGCCCCGAGCCCGACUGGGACAACGAGAACCACAUCCUCAGCGACCUCACCUGCAUCUGUGUGGUGGGCAUCGAGGACCCCGUCCGGCCUGAGGUCCCAGAAGCCAUCCGCAAGUGCCAGCGGGCAGGCAUCACUGUCCGCAUGGUCACCGGCGAUAACAUCAAUACGGCCAGGGCCAUCGCCAUCAAGUGUGGCAUCAUCCACCCAGGGGAGGAUUUCCUGUGCCUAGAGGGCAAGGAGUUCAACCGGAGGAUCCGCAACGAGAAGGGGGAGAUCGAGCAGGAACGAAUCGACAAAAUCUGGCCAAAGCUGCGGGUGCUAGCUCGCUCCUCGCCCACGGACAAGCACACCUUGGUCAAAGGCAUCAUCGACAGCACGCACACAGAGCAGCGGCAGGUAGUGGCCGUGACAGGAGACGGCACCAAUGACGGCCCUGCACUGAAGAAGGCUGACGUGGGCUUCGCUAUGGGCAUUGCGGGCACAGAUGUGGCCAAGGAGGCUUCUGACAUCAUCCUGACAGACGACAACUUCAGCAGCAUCGUCAAAGCCGUGAUGUGGGGGCGCAACGUGUAUGACAGCAUCUCCAAGUUCCUGCAGUUCCAGCUGACGGUCAACGUGGUGGCCGUGAUCGUGGCCUUCACCGGCGCCUGCAUCACCCAGGACUCACCCCUGAAGGCGGUACAGAUGCUCUGGGUGAACCUCAUCAUGGACACGUUCGCAUCCUUGGCUCUGGCCACCGAGCCGCCCACCGAGACCCUGCUGCUGCGGAAGCCAUACGGCCGCAACAAGCCCCUCAUCUCACGCACCAUGAUGAAGAACAUCCUAGGCCACGCCGCCUACCAGCUCACCCUCAUCUUCACCCUGCUCUUCGUGGGCGAGAAGCUGUUCCAGAUCGACAGCGGCAGGAACGCGCCGCUGCACUCGCCGCCCUCGGAGCACUACACCAUCAUCUUCAACACCUUCGUCAUGAUGCAGCUCUUCAACGAGAUCAACGCCCGCAAGAUCCACGGCGAGCGCAACGUCUUCGAUGGCAUCUUCCGGAACCCCAUCUUCUGUACCAUCGUGCUGGGCACCUUUGCCAUCCAGAUAGUGAUCGUGCAGUUUGGCGGGAAGCCCUUCAGCUGCUCCCCGCUGCAGCUGGACCAGUGGAUGUGGUGCAUCUUCAUUGGUCUGGGAGAGCUCGUCUGGGGCCAGGUCAUCGCCACCAUCCCAACAAGCAGGCUCAAGUUUCUGAAGGAGGCAGGCCGGCUCACACAGAAGGAAGAGAUUGCCGAGGAAGAGCUCAACGAGGACGUGGAGGAGAUCGACCAUGCCGAGCGCGAGCUGCGUCGCGGCCAGAUCCUCUGGUUCCGAGGCCUCAACCGGAUCCAGACUCAGAUCCGCGUCGUGAAGGCGUUCCGUAGCUCUCUCUACGAAGGCCUGGAAAAGCCCGAGUCUCGAACCUCCAUCCAUAACUUCAUGGCUCACCCUGAGUUCCGGAUUGAAGAUUCCCAGCCCCACAUCCCCCUCAUCGAUGACACUGACCUGGAAGAAGACGCUGCGCUCAAGCAGAACUGCAGCCCGCCGUCCUCGCUCAACAAGAACAACAGCGCCAUUGACAGCGGCAUCAACCUGACCACCGACACGAGCAAAUCAGCUACCUCUUCAAGUCCAGGGAGCCCCAUCCACAGCCUGGAGACGUCGCUUUAGCUGAGGACCCUGUGGCUCCCUUCAUGGCCCCUGUCCCCACCUGCCCGGGCACCCCAGCAGCAACAGCAACCACAGGAAACCAAAUACGGGCGAGCUGGCCGACUCCCCUUCCCGCCCACAGACCCUUCCUCGGCUGCCAUGCUGUUUGAACUCUCCCCACGGGCCUGCGCCACCUCGUCUCCCCGCGUGGAUGUCCUGGACCCCUGGAGCCUCCCCUGGUUUGGUUUGGUGGGGGAGGCAGGCAGGGGAGCAGUUUUUUUCUGUUUGUUUUCUUGCGGGGAACUGCAGACUCUGAGACUUCACCCAACCCACUGGUCUGUGAGAGUUUGAAAUGCUUGCACCGCAUGGUCUCAGUUGUAUUGAUUAAUUUAAUAACUUUUUUCAAAUCACAGAGCUUAAGUCACCUGAUAGAGUCUGCACCACCGGAAUCGAAGAACUCACUAGACACUCACGGGAUCGUCUCCAUUCCUUUGUAUCUAUAUCAGCGUAUACACCCCGCCGAGACUGUAUACGUCCAUAUAGAUGGAUAGAUAUAUAUAUAUAUAUAAAUAUAUAUACAUGGAUAUAUAAAGUUUCUUUGCCGGCAUGUUGCCUUGUUUCAGCUUAAAUUGCUCUAUUUUAACUUAUUUAUGUCCUAAAAGGAGAAUGUAAUUUGUUUACAAAUCUGUAGAUAGCGUCUCUGGCUGAGUGUGCGGUCCGGCUCAGUGGCCGGGGAAGCGGCUGGGGCCCCGCAGGCACCUGCCCCUGGAUCGCAACCUC